AUGGUGGGACAGAGUGUUUGGAAGUUCACAGCCUCAGUGAUCUGGAGGAGCCACUAUGAGGAGGGCCUGGGGAAGAACAUGCCUUUUUCAGUGCAAAACAAGUGGCAGUUACUAGUGUCUUGCCGAUACUUUGGAUAUGAAUUUGCAACAACUUUCUUUAUAGUGAGACAUCAGCUGAUUAAGAAAUAA